UCAACCAAUGGGAAAAAAAUAUUCUCCUGUAUAUAUAUCCAUAUAAGAUAUUAUUAGAUUCAUAUAAGAGAUAUAGUAGAUUGUUAUGAUACAAAUUCAAGAAAGCUAUAGUAAUCAAGAAUAAAUUUUUGAUGAAUAUCAAAGUAUAUAUUUGAAAUAUAUAUUUGCAGAGAGUAAAAGUGUAAGAAUGGAUGUGGUAGAAGCAAACAAGCCAGUGAUUACAAUGAUUUUCUUACAAUUUGUAUAUGCAGCGCUCAAUUUCUUUAGUGAAGUAGUCUUCUUACAAGGAAUGAGUCCAAGGGUGUUUAUUGUUUACAGACAUGGAAUUGGAACUCUCAUCAUGGCUUCUCUAUCAUUUCUUUCAACAAGGAGAACUUCUGGUAAAGUACAUUCUUUGGAUUUAAAGGGAUUUGCUUGGAUUUUUCUUGCCUCGCUUUUCGGGAUAGCUCUGUAUCAAAAUGCAUAUUUUGAAGGACUAAAUAUGGCCUCUGCCACUGCAGCUAGUGCAAUUAUCAAUCUAACCCCUGCCAUCACAUUUCUAUUAUCAGCCAUAUUAAGGUUGGAGAAAAUAAAUAUGAAAAGCUUGAGAAGUAUAGCAAAAAUUAGUGGUACAAUUUUAUGUAUAUGUGGAGCCAUCUGCAUGGCAUUACUCAAAGGCCCUAAACUGCUAAAUUCAGAAUCUGGAGGUGAUAAUUGGGUGUUGGGAUGUCUACUUCUCGUUGGAGGCGCUUGUUUCUGGUCGUUUUGGCUUAUUAUUCAGGUCCCAAUCUCAGUAAGCUGCCCGGAUCACUUGUAUUCGUCUACAUGGACGUGUUUUUUGGGCACGAUAGAAUGUGCAGUAGUUACUCUUUUUGUAGAGAAAGAUUCUGCAGUUUGGAAAUUGAACUCAUAUCUUGAAAUGGGUUUUUGUUUGUUUGGGGGAACAGUAGUAGCGGUGUCGUACUUUCUUCAAGCAUGGUGCAUUUCUAAAAGAGGUCCACUCUUUUGUGCAAUGUUUGAUCCUGUGUGCACUAUCAUAGUAAUGAUCUCAGCUGCUAUAUUUCUUCAUGAGGAGACAUAUUUGGGCAGCUUGAUUGGUGCUUUUGUUGUGAUAAUUGGUCUAUAUGUUGUGCUAUGGGCUAAAGCCGAAGACGCUGAGGAAAUGCCGAAACCGUAUGAUGAGUCGAGAAUAGUACAAGUAAUUGUCGAUCAUUCUCUACGAAACAAGAAUCAAAAAGCCGGAUUGCAAGAACCGCUCCUUUCAUAGAAAUCGUCUGAUGUUCAUCAGUAUCAAUAUAAAGUGCUGAUAUAAAUAUAAAUUGUUAAGUUUGAGGAUAAAUAUAAAUCUAAAUUGCUGAUAUGCAUGGAUUGCGGAAAAUGAGGCGAUAGUCUCUGAAUCGUUUGCUCGUCGGAUUUAUAAUAAUCUGAUGACCUGGAAUGAAAUGGAGCCGUCACACAACUGUGCUAUGACUUCCUUCUAUACCGACAUAGAAUGUGUUACUCGCUUACGGAUGCAUAGGAUAUCAGGAAUUAGAUCAAAAGAUACUAGGUCCUGUAACAUAUUUAACUCAAGGUAUUUGCCAUUAUUAUUAAAUGUAUCAAUUUAUCAUAAUACCUCAAAUAUUAAUUAUCAUGUUAUGCAAACACAAAUAUUAAUUAAUCAUAUUUUUUUCCAUUAA